AAUUUAAUUUAAUUUAAUUUCUCCAUUAGCUAAUUAAAUUGAAUCGCAUCCCAUCGCUCAAUCAAUUAAUAUCUCAAAAUUUUCCUUCAUUUUCUUUCUCGCCAAACACAACAAAAUAUUUUAAUAUUGUAAAGAUCUAGGGUUAGCUGCUACUUCCGCUGCUACAGCUUCAAAUCUUAGAUUGUUGAACAAAAAUUGUAAAGUUAGAGCGGUAAUUGUUGUGAAACCUAGGGUUUUAGUUCAUAUAUAUGAUUGGAUUGGAUUAAUUAGAUUUGAUUAUUGUUAUUAUUAUUUUUUAAAGAACAAUGGAAACGAGUCCUGUUGUUGUUGUUGCUGGUGGUGUUAGCGAUUUGGCGAUGUUAGAUGCGGAGUUGUUACAGUUACCGGAGGUGUCGCCGCUCGCCUUCAAAUCGUAUCCUGACUUUGCUCAGAUGCUGUUUGAGCAGUGGCUUGCUCUUCCUGACGCUAAGGUCACAUCAUUGCUUAACGAUGCAAAGUCAGGUGCUCCCCUGAAUGUCACUGGAAACUCUUCUAAUGCAACUUCUACCACAGGCAGUUCCUUGCCUUCUAUGUUUCCUGGAGGAAGUACUCCUCCACUUUCUCCUAGGAGUACUAGUGGUUCUCCUCGUAUAACGAAGCAGAGAACUGGUCUUUCUAAUUUAGGCUCUCCUCUAAAAGUAGUUGGUGAACCAAUAAAGGAGUUCAUACCUCAGUUUUACUUUCAAAAUGGCCGUCCACCUCCAAAUGAUCUGAAGGAACAAUGUUUGUUUCGGAUCAAUCACUUUUUCUAUGGACGCUCUGAUGGACUGCAGAUACACGAAUUCAAAUCCGUUACUAAGGAAAUAUGCAAACUGCCAUCUUUUUUCUCCUCGACUAUUUUUAAAAGGAUCGAUGUUACUGGAACGGGUAUUGUCACGAGGGAUGCCUUUGUUAAUUAUUGGAUAAAUGGUAACAUACUGACAAUGGAUAUGGCAACCCAAAUAUAUAAAAUUCUUAAGCAACCAGAUCUCAAAUACCUCACUCAGGAAGACUUUAAACCAGUGCUUCGAGAACUUUUGGCAACUCAUCCAGGAUUAGAGUUUUUACAGAGCACGCCUGAGUUUCAGGAAAGAUAUGCUGAAACUGUAAUAUACAGAAUAUUUUACUACAUAAAUAGAUCCGGGGAUGGUCAUCUUACCCUCAGGGAGCUCAAACGUGGAAAUUUAAUUGAUGCAAUGCUGCAUGCAGAUGAAGAAGAGGACAUAAAUAAAGUCUUGAGGUACUUCUCAUAUGAACACUUUUAUGUGAUAUACUGCAAAUUUUGGGAACUUGACACAGAUCAUGAUUUUCUGAUCGACAAAGAGAACCUCAUCAGAUAUGGUAACCAUGCACUUACCUACCGGAUUGUUGAUAGAAUAUUUGCCCAGGUUGCGAGAAAGUUUACUAGCAAGGUUGAAGGGAAGAUGGGAUAUGAGGAUUUUGUGAAUUUCAUACUGUCGGAGGAGGAUAAGUCAUCUGAACCUAGUCUUGAAUAUUGGUUCAAGUGCAUAGAUUUGGAUGGAAAUGGUGUUUUGACAAGGAAUGAAAUGCAAUUUUUUUAUGAAGAGCAGUUGCACCGCAUGGAAUGCAUGGCCCAAGAGCCUGUGCUUUUUGAAGAUAUUUUGUGCCAGAUAAUUGACAUGAUUGGACCAGAGCAUGAGGGCUUUAUCACAUUGCGUGACCUGAAAGGCUGUAAGCUGUCCGGAAGUGUGUUCAAUAUCCUUUUCAACCUUAAUAAGUUUAUGGCCUUUGAAACUCGUGAUCCGUUUCUAAUUCGUCAGGAGCGUGAGAAUCCAACAUUGACCGACUGGGAUCGCUUUGCACAUAGAGAAUAUAUCAGGCUUUCAAUGGAGGAAGAUGUUGAAGAUGCCUCUAAUGGAAGUGCAGAAGUCUGGGAUGAAUCGCUUGAGGCUCCAUUUUGAGGUUAAUUAGAGUGUUUGCAGAAAACCUCUGAAUUCUCAAUAUACGGAGGCCUGAAGAACAGUAUACUAAGGAACAAUUUUUCUAUGGGAUGUGGCAACUCUGAACUUAACAAGGGAAAGUCCAAGCUUGGUGGGUGAACAAACUUCUUUCUUAAUUGCCAGUGCCAGAAGCAAAAUUAUCAACGCCUUUGUGAGCCCUAUUAUGACGCAAUGAUGAACACUACAAUGGAUAAACUCGUUGAUGGUGCUAAAGUUCCCGGAAAGGAAGGGCCGUUGCUCAGAGGUGAGAUUUUGAUUGUCCAGGUUGAAGUAGCUCAAAAAACUUUUUUUUCUUCAUUCAUCCAUUUGUAAGAUAUUAUGUCGCAGUCAUUUCCCUUUCUAAUUUAGCAGUUGGUUCUUUUGAGAUA